GUUUUGAGACGACCAUGGAUGGAAGCAAAAUGGCGAAAUUUCUGUUGUUGCUGAUAGCUGUUGACCUGCUGUUGUUUUCGUCGACUGAAGCAUGGCGACGUCGUAGGCGUAGGCGUAGGCCUCCGCCGCCGCACUGCUCUUCGUCCAAGCCAGAAGGAGUCGCAUGGGUGAACCAGUGGCAACAACCUUUCUCCUUCAGUUGCAAAACCAGUAAGCCAGUUGCUGUACAUAUACAUUUAUGUAGAAUCACUAAACGAUAAUCCUUUCUUUUACGCUGCUUUCCUGUAAAGAUGCAACUCACUCGCUUUCCCUGCAUGUAAUAAACAUACCCCGAAGCAUUUGUUACAAUUUUAAAGCUAGAUUCCUUUGUAUAUACAGUCUUUAUUUAUGAAUUGGAGAUUAUUUUUCCCCUUCUUUUUCUUCAUCCCGACAGACAGAUUCGUUUGUCCUUAGAAGCGAACGUAUGAUUCUCUCAGGCUCGGACAAAGUGAUGGAUAAAUAUUUCAAUAUUCCUUUAUUUUUUUUUACAAUCCGGCACUCAUUUGCUCUCUGAUUCACACUAAUUAUAAAGACGUAUGAUCUUAAAGGUAAAAUAAAUGGUAUAGAAAAAGUAGGAUGACAAAUUGUCCCGUACAAUUUUGAAACAUGUCUGCUUUUUAUUGGGUCAUUUCAUUUCUUGUUGGUGUAAUUUUUAGGUUUUUAUUUGAGGUCAUGGCGCAGCCAGCAUCGCAACUGCAAAGAAGACCGCAUCCAUUACUUCCAGUGUGGGUAUGGUCCAGCGUCAUACAGUGCGAGCAACUGCUUUUGGACAUACACUGUGAAUAACUUUGACGGGCGAGUGAACUUCAAAUGCCCCUGCAAUGGCUUCAUUACUGGAGUGGCAAGUGAUUACAGCGGCCCUCACAGAGACCGCACGUAAACAACAUUCUAUUACUACAAUCCUACUGGGGCUUUAUCAGAGGGAAAUCGUUACGUCACGUUGCUAUGGUUGCAAAGAAUUCUGGAUCUCAACAAAACCGUGGCAUGGCUUGUGUGAGUUCCCUGUGCAUGAUUUUGUCACUCAGGAUCAAAACAGUAGCCCAUGCUUUUCUUUCAUCGUUUGACAAUGCAAAUGGCUUUCUUUGCAAAGAAAGAUUAUUGAGAUCCAGAAAUUAUGCUACCAUGGUAACGUGACGUCACACUUCUCCACUCUAUAAUGCUCUUCCUUAUAAGUGGUAAAUUCACAGUCCAGGAAAAUGCAAAGAUUUAAUUUUAUCAACACAGUUGAUAAAACCAACUCUUUGCCUUUCACUCCCUCACCGACGUAGCACAGCUUCAUUAGAAACUAACCCUUUAUUCAUCGGUCCAGAGACAAAAACCAUUCACCUUUCUUCUCCUCUGAAGAUGAAAGGUGGUUAAAAUUGUCAGAAAAAUUGUCAUCACAGUUAAGAAGUUUUGUUUCGUGGUAAAAGCAUUUAACAGUAAUACACUGCAUGUACAACCCGAAAGUAAGAUCCAUUAACUAACCCAAGGCGGACCUGAUAAUAGCUUCCGCAAAUAAGGUCACUAUCAGUUGUUCAGUUGAUUUUUUUUCUUUCUGUGUUUCCAAUGACAGGUUUCGGUUCCACUGCUGUUAUAUAAACGGAUAUUUAAAGCACAGUUGCCAUCACACUCUAUAUAAGAACAACUGGGACCAGGAAUUGAAGUACUAUGUUCCCUAUGGAUACUAUCUGUCUGGAGUGGAGAGUUAUCACGAUAACCGUUAUGAGUAA